AAUGAAGCGUUAUAGCUAAGUUGCGGGCAUGCCCGCUCUGAGCCCGCUUCUCUCUACAUACACGUAUAAUUCUUUCGCGCGCAUCUCCGCUUGGCGAAUCUGAUCAGUCGCGGCAAGCUCGGAGUCGGAGUGAGACUGGAGAAGGAGGAAAAAAAAAAAAAGUCGACGAACGCCUUGAACGAGUGAAUCGUAUCCGCACUGUCCGCAGUGCGCGUCGCGCGGUAUUGGCGGAGCGAUCGUGUGUGGCGAGCGGCGAUUUUACGUGUGUAAUACUCCGAACGCUGGACGGUAUCAUUACGAUUUUCGUCGUCGUCGUCAUCGAGAGUGCGCCUAACAGCUGGCCUAAUCCAGUCUCGUGGUGGAGAUGAUCAUCGAUAAUUGUAACAGUGCGAGCAGCAUGACGACGGAUCGGAAGCCAUCCAUCGUCACGGCGGGGAUGUGAGCGAGAGAGGCGCGCUCGCGAGAGCGCCGUGCGUUGUCGUCGUCGUCGUCGUCGUCGUCGUCGUCUCCCCUUCGCGGUCGACGACGACCACGACGAGCUAGCCGAGGGGGGCGGGAGGCGCACGCGCGUAUCAUCAUCGCAACUCAUAACACGUCGCUGCUGCUGCUGCUGCUGCUGUUGCGGCGGCGACGGCGACGGUGACGGUGGUGGUGGUGGUGGUGGUGGUUUUUAUUGUUGUCGCUGCCGUUGUUAUUGUCGCUGAUACCCACAUACGCGCAAUUCACUCUCCGUGGGAAACGGCGGGGGAGCGCGAUGGCGGACUUCGACGCGAUCUAUGAGGAGGAGGAGGAGAACGAGCAGAACCUGGAGGAGCACUACGUCGCAAUGGUGCCGGAUCCGAUUGUGAUCCGCGGGGCUGGUAACAUGACGGUAUUUGGUUUGAGUAAUCGUUUCGAAUCGGAGUUUCCCAAUGGCCUCAUGUCCCGCGUAGCUCCAGAGGAGUUCAAGGCAACUGUCAUGAGAGUGAACAGUGUAUUGAAAAAGACUUUACCUGUUAAUGUUAAAUGGUUAUUCUGUGGUUGUGUAUGCUGCUGCUGUACGCUAGGAUGUUCUCUGUGGCCUGUUAUUUGCUUGAGCAAAAGGACUCAGCAUUCUUUAAAUAAAUUGUUAGAAUGGGAGAAUAGUAGGCUUUACCACAAACUCGGUUUACAUUGGAGGUUGGCGAAGCAAAGAUGUGACAGCUCCUCCAUGAUGGAAUAUGUUCUCUUGAUUGAAUUUAUUCCGAAGAUUCCGAUUUAUAGACCUGAUUAAGCAAUGCAGAGUAAAUUGCAGAGAUGUGCAAUUAGUAAUACAUAUAAACCUUGUGCAAAUAAUCAAUGCAAUGUGCAACUGACAUAUAGCAGAGAAAUACAGCAGAGAAGAUUAAGUGCCGCUACGAUGAUAUAGGUACUGAUCUGGUACUUAUGUAACGCAUAUUUUUGUAAAUAUCAUGGGUAGGAAUGCACAGUACAAUAAUUCGACGUAACGGAGAAUAGAUCACGUUUCGAUCAUAGAGAAGAAGAGACAGCUAUUUCAAUUUAAACAAAAAUAUAUACGAAUCGGAUGAUUA